CCUCAGUGAAGCUGUGUGCGUCCGAGCGGCUCGUGUCCUGUGAGCGGCAGAGGAGACGUUUAGGAACGUUUGUCUUUAUUUAACUAGAUUUGAGUGUUUGUUCCUCAACAGAACAGUUGAUAUGUUCCCAGGGCAGCUCCUCAUCUUCUCCUUGCGACCUGUCCUGCAGCGCCCCCUUCAGGACAAACACUUUCUGUGUAAUAACGAAGCCCUCAAACACGACCUCACCUGUAAUCGUGCUCAUCACCCUGUUCUCCGGUUUCAGCCGAACGCCAUCUUAUCGUCUCUACAUAAAUACAACGCAGACUACGAUCUGUCGGCCAAAGAGGGAGCGGACAGCCUGGCCUUCAUCUCUCUGCUGGAGGAGAGACUGAAACCUGCUCUGAUCUACAACUUCUGGGUCGAGCCGAAGAACUACGUGGACGUGACUCGCCGCUGGUACGCGGAGCACAUGCCCUUCCCUCUGAACUUCUUCUUGCCCGGACGCAUGCAGCGCGGUCAGAUGGAAAAACUGCGUCUGCUGCGCGGAGACGAGAGCCUGGAGGCCGGAGAGGAGCUGGAGAAGGAGCUGUACCGUGACGCUGCAGAGUGCAUGAACCUGCUGUCCCAGAGACUCGGCUCGCACAAGUUCUUCUUCGGAGACUCGCCCUCGUCUCUGGACGCCUACGUGUUCGGUCACUUGGCUCCGGUCCUGAAGUCCAAGCUGCCCAACGGGAAACUGCAGCAGCAUCUCAAGUCUCUGGACAACCUGAGCAACUUCUGCAGCAACAUCCUGCUGCUGUACUUCCCCCGAGACAGCCGAGAGAGCAGCAGUCAGAAGACGUCCUCCCCGCCGCACCCUGAGGGCGGAGACUUCGAUCACGUCCCCAACAAGCGCAAGAAGCAGCUAAUGUCAGUGCUGGUGGCUCUGGGCGCCAUGCUGAGCUACGCCCUGCUGACCGGCAUCGUGUCCAUACAACACCUGCAGCAGGAGGCGCUGGAGGCGCCGCCCGACCUGCAGACCAUCGGAUCUCAGGACGAGGACGGAGACGGCUGAGGACACGCGGUGUCCGAACAGAGGCAUCAUGGGACUUUAUGGACGGAAGUUAAGAUGUUGAAGGAAAGAAUUAGCUGUAUCUCACUCUGAAGAGUUUUACUGUCGCCAAAGAAAAGUGUCGGUAUCAUUAAAAAUGUUAAUAAUGGUCAACACGUCCAGGAGCCUUCAGUGGACAGGAAGUGGACGUCGGAGCUGUUUAUGUACAGAAAUUAAUUAAAAGUUAAUUCUCUUGA